CAUUCACUCCGAUGUCACCUGCGCCAAGGUUACUUGCGAUUAACGUUUGAAAGGAAACGAUCCAAUACUUUCAAAAUGUCAGUGGAAGAGGACGAUGCAAGUCUGAAAGAACUUGUUACUAAGACAUUGCAAACUAAUGGAGUCCUCGGGAAGAUACAGGCUCAGCUAAGAGCAAGUGUCUUUCUUGCCCUAGAGGAGGAAUUUAAAGAUAAAAAUAUUCCACUGGUAAGUGCCUCUGCAAAGCAGUUACUGGCAACUCCAGAAGGAGUCUUAGCUGCUGCAUUGGUUCAUAACUUCCUUCAGUGCCUUAGUCUGGAUUUUUCUCUUGCUGUUUUUGCUCCUGAAUCAGGACAUUCAACACUAUGGACAUUCCCAGGAGAAGAUGCCUUAUCAAGCAAUCUCAACCUCAGUAAUAAGCAAGCUGGUGAUAAAGCUCCAUUACUAAUAGAACUCCUGAAAGAAAGGACAUCAUCUAAGCCUUCUGAAUUGGGGCAUAAUAGAGAAAAAGGAGUGUUGAAGGGCAGGCCAAAUGACAUAGGUCAUCUGCCACAACUCUCAGCGCCGAGAACGUUGCAGCCUAUCUCCAAUAUCCCUUUGAGCAAUAGUCAUUUUGGAGGAAACUUGCAGGGAUUGAAAAGUCAAAGGGAGACUAAUUUUGCUGACUAUUCGUCAGCUAAAGAAGACAAAAGUAUCUCAGAUAUCAAAAAUGAAUCUCAGAAAAGCAAUGAGACUGGAGAAAAUAAAGACCCUUUGGCAACUCAGACACAAGAAAAGAACAGUCUAGGAUCUCUUAGUUUGGGAAUGGACACAGCUUCUUCCAAAAAUGUAAAAGAUGAUGACGAAAAAGCAAGAACGGGCACAGGAACUAAUGAUCAUGGAAAGAAAGAAAAGUUGGAAGUCCAGGCAGAAGGAACAAACCAGGAAGCAGGUGAUUCUUUAACAGGUUUAGAAAAGCAGUAUGAGGACGACUUUUCAUCCAUGAGUGAGAAGGAAGGCCAAGAUGAUGGUGAAGAUGAUGAUGUUGAAGAGGAAGAUGAAGAAAUUGAAGAAGCAGAAGACAUUGAUGAAGAUAUUUCAUUGGAUGAUUUGAUUAACUCUAGUGCAUCAAUAAAUUCUGACCACACUAAGGAUCAGUCUUUAUCACAAGCUAGUGAUGCACCGAAUUACCAAGAGGACUUAUGAAUCUUUUAGGAAAUUACACAAGAAAUAGCUAGCGACUACUUGAAUGAAAAAUAAUAAUGUGGAUGUAAACCAAGCUCUCUUUUAAAACAAUGUAUUUGUAAAUGACAUUCCAGCUUCCUUUUUUGGAAGUACAUACACAUUAGAUUUUUAAUACUGAUAUUGAAAAAAAAUUACAGAAUGUAGAGCAUUAAUGAGACAAAAUAUAAUUAAAUUAGUUUUUGCAACUUGAUUUCUGUUCAAUCUUCGAGAAUGAAAUUUGUAAAAUUUUGUAGGAUAUGUGUGAUCAGAUUUUUUUUUUUUUCUAUACAGCAUUUAUUAUGUGCCAUAUGUUGUCAAGUGAAGGUAGACAUUGUUAUAAAUUCUUUGUAAAGGUGAAUGCAUUAUACAAUGUAUAAAAAUAUAUAAAUUUAAA